AUUGAAAUGGCGAUUGAGACACUGCAAAAGUCUGAUGGUCUGUCCACUCACAGAAGCUCUCUUCUCAACAGCCAUCUUCAAUGGCUUUUAGACAACUAUGAAACUGCAGAAGGAGUGAGCCUUCCAAGAAGCACGCUUUACAACCAUUACUUACGACAUUGUCAGGAACACAAGUUGGAUCCAGUCAAUGCUGCCUCCUUUGGAAAACUCAUACGAUCAAUCUUCAUGGGAUUACGGACCAGGAGACUUGGAACUAGGGGGAACUCAAAAUAUCAUUACUAUGGGAUUCGUGUCAAGCCAGACUCUCCUCUUAAUCGACUACAAGAAGACAUGCAAUAUAUGGCUAUGAGACAACAGCCCAUGCAGCAGAAACAGAG